CCGGGUGGCGGGGAGCUCCGCGUGGAGCCGGAGUUCGGGUCGGCCCGGUACCAAGAGGGGGAGCGCCCGCGGCAGAAUUAUGACUCAGCUAAAGUUGCAUCAGAUGGCUAUUGCCCUGCUUGUAGAGAGAAGGGAAAGUUGAAUGCCUUAAAGACUUACCGAAUUAGUUUUCAAGAAUCUGUCUUUUUGUGUGAGGAUUUGAAGUGCAUCUAUCCUUUGGGCUCUAAAUCACUUAAUAACCUGAUUUCUCUUGAUUGGAAAGAGUGUCACUCUGCAAAUAAGCCUAAAAAAAGAAAGACCUUGGAAGCCAGCUCUGAAGAUUCCCUUCUCUUAGCAUAUUCCAAAAAGUCUAGAAAUCACACCGUUAUUGAUGGUGAACACAUUUUGAACAGCAAACAUGACGGAGAAGUUGAUGAUGAAACCUCAUCAGACUCACCUGAUGGUGGUGGUCAAGAGAACCCAGUUAGGACAGUGGAGUCCUUGGGGCGGAGUGAGAUUGUGGAAGCUCGCCUUGUUGUCAUGGCUACUGGACAAGCUCCUGCCACGGGGGAUGUCUCUGGAACUGGGGGGCCUUGCCUUCAGAGGGAGGGGCGCACACCCGAGCUGGAAACGCCAUUGGAGAGCACACGGCCCUCCCUUCGCCACACUGUGUGUGUCCAGUGGAGAAACGCCCACGCGCUCUGUUGGCUGGACUGUAUCCUGUCGGCCUUGGUGCACUUGGAAGGGGUGAGGACCACUGUGAUGGAGCAGGGCGCCAAGGAGGAGUCUGUGUUCUGGCGGCUGUUUACAAAAUACCAUCAAGCAAAUCAGCUGCUGCCGGCUGAGCAGCAGAGUGCAGUUGGAGAUGGAAAUUGCGAAAAACCUACUUCAGAAGUCUUUGCAGAAAUAGAAGCCUGUCUGAAUGAAGUCAGAGAUGAGAUUUUUAUUAGGCUUCAGCCCCAGCUCAGGUGCUCCCUAGGUGACAUGGAAAGCCCCGUGUUUGCAUUUCCUUUGCUCUUGAAAAUGGACCCCCGCGUUGAAAAGCUCUUCCUCUUUUCUUUUUCUUGGGACUUCACAUGUUCACAGUGUGGACACCAGUAUCAAAACAGGUGUCUGAAGAGUCUGGUCACCUUUACAAAUGUCAUCCCUGAGUGGCAUCCACUUAAUGCUGCCCAUUUCGGUCCAUGUAACAAUUGCAGCAGUAAAUCACAAAUAAGAAAAAUGGUAUUGAAAAAGGUCUCUCCCCUGUUCAUGCUGCACUUCGUGGAGGGCUUGCCGCACGGUGACUUGCAGCGCUACGCGUUCCAUUUGGAAGGCUGUCUUUACCGGAUAACGUCUGUAAUUCAGUACCAGGCCAAUAACCAUUUUAUAACAUGGACUGCAGAUGCUGAUGGAAGUUGGCUAGAAUGUGACGACUUGAGAGGCCCGUGCUCUCGCAGGCACGAGACGUUUGAAGUUCCUGCUUCCGAGAUUCAUAUCGUCCUUUGGGAGAGGAGAGCAUCCCAAGGGACACAUCAGGAAGCAGCCCGUCUACCUCUUGGAAAGACUAACGGUCAGCACGCGCUCAGCGGCGGGGAGCCAGCAUCUUCAGCGGCAGGUCCUGUGGGCGAUGCCGCCUCGGCUGAGACGUCCUCGGGGCAUCGCCCUCCGUGUGCGGCCCGUGCUCCCUCCACGCGCCCACAGGACGGGGCUGUCGCUUGCGGAGAUCACUCGCUUGCGGGCCCUCGAGGUUUGGGUGCCAACGGUUUUUUACCUUUGACAUUUGAAGGCACUACCCAGGAAAGUGCCUCUGUUUGUCAGUUUGACUCGGAAGCUUUCCUGUUAGAAAAUAAGCCUGUGUCAGAGAAUACUGGAAUUGUCGAAAGAAAUACUUUGCGGUCACCGGCAUCACUCUUGGUUUCUUCAGCACCAGCUCCGUGUGAGGAAAAGCUUACCUACGAGCAGUUAGUGGGCAGAAGCGUUCCGUCUCAGGUGUUACAUGUGCACACGCUGGCAGGACCCCUGAGCGCAGAAGACACCAUGGCCACCAAAUCCGUGGCUCGCGUUCACACUGCCGGUCUUACUCAGGGAGCAGAGUCGGGAGAACAGUUCCUUACACCCCAAACUGAGAAGUGGAGGCCAGAGCAGCACGUCCCGUCUCAGAUCUGUAACCUGAAGCGAAAAGAAACGGCAGCUGAUCCUCCAGCCAGGACAGCUGAGUCUUUACAGAGUCAGUCUGUGAGAGAAAAUCAGAAAAAACCAUUUGUGGGAAGUUGGGUUAAAGGCUUGCUAAGCAGGGGUGCCUCCUUCAUGCCAUCUUGUGUUUCCGCUCCCAGCAGAACCACCCUAGCUGACCUGCAGCCUUCAGUGAAAGGGGCAAGUAAUUUUGGGGGCUUUAAGACCAAAGGCGGCAACCAGAAGGCUGGGCGGGCAUCCAAGAAUGUGCACAGGCAUGCGGGGAAGGCCCCUCUGGUCAGCAAGCUCCCGCCAGGGCCUCCGCCGUCCGGUGCUGCUUCAGACGCACCGAGGAAGGACGAAGGCGCCCCUCACGGCGCGCACCCUGACCACGGUUCUCAAGGAAACGAAAACGGUGUUCCUUCAUCAAACCAGGGAGACUUGGUGGAAGGUCAGAUUCAUAAACUCCGUCUGAAACUUCUGAAAAAACUGAAGGCGAAAAAGAAGAAACUAGCUGCUCUUAUGUCUUCCCCCCAAAGUAGAGCACUUCCAAGUGAGAGUUCGGAACACGUGCCCCAUGGUGGGUCCCCAAAUGAGUGUGACUCAAUAGAAGACUUGUUAAACGAGCUGCAGUGUCAGAUCCGUCUUGCAGAAAAGUCUGGACGUGCCGCAGUUCCUGGCGUUUCCCCAUACACUAGUCAGGCUCAUGAGGAGAUCUUAGCAGAGUUACUGUCUCCUGCGACUGUCGUUUCAACACAGCUCUCAGAGGACGGGGAGACUGACUUGAGGUAUUUGGAAAUGGGUGAUAGCCAGGUCCCGGCCCCGGUACCUGGGGAGCUGAACGGCAUUUCCCAGGACACCCAUCUGAGACAGGAUCACGACUACUGUAGCCCCACCAAGAGAAGUCCAUGUGACGUUCAGCCCAGCUCCUUAACAGACGACGCCGGCAUUAGAACGUUGACCUUGGAGAGUCCCACGAAGACUGAUAUUUUCGAUGAGUUUUUCUCCACCUCAGCACUAACUUCUUUAGGAAAUGACACAUUAGACUUACCUCAUUUCGAUGAAUAUCUGUUUGAGAAUUGUUGAAUGGUUGUGAGCUUUUGUUAGUUUAAUAUUUAUUUUUCCUCUUACAAAAAUGUAUUAUGUUUUCAGGUAGUGUUUAUACGCGGGCCUUGUGUAAUAACUGUGAACACAAAGUAAGCUACUGAAGGUUUUAUCUUUGGUUCUGCCCAUGAAGCAUGUAAUCUGUUUUAUAAAUUAAAAUCAUCAGGAAUA